AUGAUUGCCAUCGAUUACAAAGGUGGACUUAUCCGUGAGUAUAGAUGUCACCUUGGUACACUUUCACCCUAUUGUGGUCGGCAACGCUUUCUCGAGCAUGUUGUUAAGGGGGUCAAGCACCAGACGAUCAGCGGCGCUCGAGAGCCAGCUUCUAGUGCUCGAGAGCCAGCUGCUAGUGCUCGAGAGCCAGCUGCUUGCCCUCGAGAGCCAGCUGCUAGCGCUCGAGAGCCAGCUGCUAGCACUCGAGAGCCAGCUGCUAGUGCUCGAGAGCCAGCUGCUAGCGCUCGAGAGCCAGCUGCUAACGCUCGAGAGCCAGCUGCUAGCGCUCGAGAGCCAGCGGCUAACGCUCGAGAGCCAGCUGCUAACGCUCGAGAGCCAGCUGCUCAACCAACGGGAAAG